CGUGUCAAGGUGUCAACGCCGAGCUUGGAUUUGGAUUUUAAAUACAAAAAUCCCACCAGUGUCUUUAUAGCAAAAUUCAGCUGUAAACACAAUCCAAAGUGAAACACACAAAGGAGUGUGUGCGUGUGAGUGUGGAGCAAGUGAACCCAGAAAAGUUUCUGUCAUGGGAGCGCAUGGAUGGAGCUCAGCACGUCUCGGGUUUGUAAUUUUUGGAUAUUUGGCGUUUUUCUGCGGUGAAAUUGUCCCACGGGCCGAAGCGGGCUGCAGGGAGAGGGAAAGCCCAAACUGUUGCACAGGCCGGAACAACGAAUGUUUUGAGUACAGCAAAAGAAAAACUGUGUGCUACUGUGAUACCUACUGUCAGAAAACCGGAGACUGCUGCGAGGACUAUCAGCGUGUGUGCCAAAUAUCUGCAGCCAUUGACUGUGUGGUGGGAUCAUGGGGUCCCUGGUCAUCAUGCACAUCUCCGUGUGGAGUUGGCAGCACAGAGAGGAGCCGCCUAGUGUCCAUUCCCCCUAGGAAUGGAGGCACGCCCUGUCCUGACCUCAAACAGCGUCGAGGAUGCUUUGGAAACAAUGAAAUAUGCAGCACUGCAAAAGAGGUGGCAAAGAUCCUGCCUGAUUCCUUCAAGAGGAACUUCAAGGAUCCUUGGAGGCGACCACACAUGCUGAUGAAGGAGGAGAAGGCCAGUUACUGUGUGUACCUACGGUUGAAGCAGGCCAGUGCAGCAUGUAAACUCAAACUGUGGAGCGCUCAGCUGGUGAGAGAGAGGCUUAUCUGUGCAGAGUGUCAGAGCGAUGCAAUGUCAAAGUCAGACCGCUGUGGAGGCGACGGCCUACAGGGCACCAGAACAUUCUGGGCAGCAGCUUCAGUCCCGGGCUGUCAUGGUUCCUGGGUGCGAGAGUCGUCCUCUGAGGGCUGCCGGUGUCCUCCCUACUCUGUGCUCUUUGUGUGAGCCAACAUGCAAAACCCAGACGUCUGUAUGCAGGGAUGAGAUUUCCCUCAACACCUCCUGCUAACUGUGGAGAGCCCUGUCAGCCAAGCCAGACCCCUCCGAUCCAGAUUACUGGAUGGGUAACUCAAGGAGAUCAGCAGCAUCCUGCCACUUUUUUCUUUCACCUCAUACUCUGUACUGUAUAACCUAUCACUAAGCACACAGAAAUUCUUGCAUUUAAUUUAAAAUUUUACAGCCACGUUAUGUACUUAUUCUCCUCCAAAGCACAGCGACAUCUAUAUGCCUUUUUACCUCUGAAUCUUUGCUAUCUACC